CUGGGACAGAAUGCGGUGAUUCUUGCUAGCUACUGCUACAUUAUCAAUCGACAAGUCUCAAUAAUAAUCCCCACAAUAUAAUAAAACAAUUGGCUGCUCUUUUAAACGUGACUCGCACCUGAGAAAUAUCAGAAACAAUGAGUAUCCCUCUUCACAAAAAUACCGCGUUGUACAGGGGUUCAGCCGUGAAUACACUGGAAUCCCCCUGCAGUGAGGUGAGAAGACUCAAAGGAUUAAUCCCUCGCUACUGUGAGCAUGCGAGUGAGUGUACAUUCGAUGGAAUCCGACAACCAGCUGCGUGUGACACCACACGAGUCUGAUUUUACGUAUACGUCCACAAGAGGAACACGGAACAAUUCAUUUUUCUCCUUUUUUCUUCACUGGAUCUCUCUCACUCUGUUUGCUGUCCCUCGGUAAGCUGCUUAUGUUAAUGCACGAUUUUUGCGCUUUUUUGGAAAUUUAUCCACCCCGCGUAUUAAUCCGACAUGAGACAGGGAUUGAGAGCGAUAAUUUCACUCCAAUAGAGACGCAUGAUCGAUGGUAACGCUGGAUACUGAGGGAUUUGGGGCAACUUUUAUUGUUGCCCUCUUUCAUUUGGAAAAGUAUUGGGAGAUUAUUCAAUUUUUUUUUAAAUUAAUCUUUCGGAAAGGACUAUUGGAUGAUGGCCAAAAAUAACAGAAACUUAAAUUUUCUUGCAUCGUGUGCCUCAGACCUUGAGCUCUGCCAAUUUUUCUGGACCAAUGAUCACAGAUGAAACUGCAAAGGGCCCGUGUCAGGAUGGAGUUUUCACUUAAAUUCAAUACUAAAAAUAUCUCGAUUCGGUGCCAAUACACACGAAGGGAAAAAGUUAAAUAUAAAUUACAUUCAAGCUUCCGAAUUUGCUAGUGAGAACAAAGAUCCAAUGAAAAUGACAAAAGGCCUUUGUUUGCACUUGCCAAUUAUAAAACUUCCAUACAAUCUUUAUUGAACUAUUUCUCUGGGUGAAUAGUCCAAUUUCCUCUCACUCUACCGUUGUAAAUGAGAGCAACCACCCUUCAUGCCCUGCCGUCGUGUUAUCUUUUAUCUCUUGAGUUACUUCUUUCGUGAUAUCCGUCAGUCGUGAGAUAAUAAUCGGUGAAAAGACCUUCUAAUGUGAUAGAGAUCGUAACAAUAGAGAGGAUUAUGAACUAAGGAGAAACGUCAAAGCUUUCGCUUAACUGAGGAAGGGGCAGAGCAAUUUUUUUUUGGGAAAUAGUGCAAGUGUUGACAGUGCUAAAGACGUGUGAAACGUUCGAAAAAAAAACACGUGGGAUAAUAAUAAACAAUUUUGUCUCCAAUGACAAGGUGAAGUUCUUCAACGAGUUCCUAGUGUGGUGAAGAGUGUAUCACAGUGAGGAGUACGUAAAUGUUAACGUCUUUCAUUAAAUGACUAAACUUUUUCUAGUGGAGCAAUGUGUUUGUGCGUGACGAGUGUGUAGGUGUUGGAGAUAAUAAAGGUGGGAAAGGGCGCCGUCAAGGACAACAAGGAGGAUCUCGAGGUUGACCCGAGCAACACUGGAAGUUUAUUAUCGAGUGUUACAAAAUGGGGACGAGUGCGAGUGACGCGAGAUGAGAAGAAUCUCUUCGGAUAUAUCUUUGGUGGUGAGUGUAUAGCAUGCAGCGUUGGCUUUUGGCCCUGGACGAGCCUGCAUCGAAUCCAUGCGGUAGCAUCGGGCUUUCUAUAAUCAAAGAGCAUCGUACAGGGGUAUGCUCUGUCGCGGUAAAACACAAACGACUGCUUGCCAGUCUGCGAAUGGAGGAAUUGGCUUUGCAUCUCGUUAUGAUGUUGAAUGGCCAGAGCCGGAUAUAAUUGAUGCGGAAGUAUCGAGACUUGUGAACGGUGCAAUUUCCGGUAAGAAUCCGCGAAGAUGGAGAAGCUCAACGAGUUCCGGUUACUCGUCCCAUUCACCCCCACUGUCAGCGGGCUCCUACUCAACGUGUUGUGCGUCAGUGCUUCGAAGUUCAGGAACGGGUACCAUAGCAGACGUUGGUCUCGCUGUGAUACACGAGGCAGAGAUACCUAGGCCGAUCUGGCCCUGUAACGGUGGCAAUCGUGAUUGUAAUUUUGACGGACACGAGGAGAGUUUGUGUAAAUACUGCGGCUACGCUAGAAUUUACUCUUAUCCUGCUAAAUAUAGAACUUCCUGCCGUCAUUGUGCUGCGUCAAAAGCAUCAGCUAAGGAUGUGCUACUGGAGUUAUCGAGAACAUUGAAUUCGGUUAUUGAUGGUGCGAAUACUAUGACAGCUGAAGAAGUCCUCAGGGACAUAUCCAAGACGGUUGCAAAUGGAAUUCAAGCUAAUGUGACUGAUGAUCAUGUAUACAGAUAUCCAUCGACACUCUCCAGUGGGGUGGCAAAGGAGUCGGUUAAUCCGGUGAAUUUGAGAUUGUAUGGUAAGUCUGGAUGGGCUAAUCCCACAUCACCGAAGUCUUCUCAGUUUUAUUAUGACAGUAAGACUUGUCCUGCUGUGUUUCUUGUGCCACGGUGUCAUGCGAUUUGUUCGCGAGGAGUUGUUGGGUGUUCGGGAAAAAGUGUUAAAGGGGUGAAUGGGCCGUCCCGGGGGAAGGAGGAGAGCAAGAGGAAGAGGGGAGUUUCGAGACUCGAGGGGAAUACUGUUAAAGGGUGUUAUCCAUCUAAUGAACCUGUUUAUUCCACGCUCGACCCAAGCGAUGAAUCAUCAUCCUACGGUGCAUUAGGUGAGCCCCCCAAAAAAACCACCUGGAACGAAGGUAUCACUGUAUUCAAUAAGAGUCUUGACUUCACUCUCGAUGGUGCACGUGCUGAGAGAUUGGGUCGUACCAUAGCACGAGCAAAACGUCGCAGACAGUGGUGCCGUGCCCUCACCACUCUCUUCGGGCUAGUCUUCUUCAUACUGAGUGUCAUCGUCGUCUCAAUGUCCGUCACCAAAGGGCGAAAAAUAUUCGGAAGCAUGUGACGCGUAGCGAUAAUAUGGAUUAAUGUAUUUUCUAAUCAACGCGGAGAUAAUUUUUUUAGAAAAGUUCUCUUUUCAAUAACGACAGAGUCGUAAUCUAUGUACAGACGAUGAAAAAUUCCAGGGCUGUGGGAAGUUUAUCGAGAUUUCGGUUCAAAUUUCUUUAUAUGCCUCUGGUAAUUACAUUGUAGUGGGAGAAAAAGGUUCAAUUGUACUCAAUUUAAUUUCCCGUAUCAGCACUGGACUUUUUCUAGCCUUAAAACAUUUUCUAAAUAAUUUCUCUCCGCGAAACAUAAUGUCGUUAGUGCGACAUCCCUAGUACGGGUUUUCUGAUUGAUUACGUUUCUUUUUUGCUUAUUACGCAGAAGUCAGUUGUUGUGACUGAUACUUCAGCCAUAUGUAUUUCUCAGUACCUUGUGAAGUUUAUGAUAAUUGUAGAAGAAUCAUUCUAGGGUAAGACACGUGCGGGGGUCUUCGCAGACUCGCGCAAAGCAAUAUAAUGGCUGUGACCACGGCGUUUGCAUCUUCAGUAAUAUUGUAUUGUAACUCAAUAUCGAAACUUAUUAAACCACUCAAUUGGAUUAUUCACUCUUA